AUGACGACACUCUCGCCCUGCCCUACCGCAAAGUCCUUGGUCCAAAGGGUGACCGACCGGUACCCAAGCGAUUCUUCUUCUGCACAACCUGGGCUUACCCCGUUUUCUUUUCCUCUCCAUAACUGCCCCGCUUCCUUCGGAUUCGCCCUGCAGCGUUUCAGGAGCAUUCAGGAGCCUUUGAAAGUCUUAUCACCACCUGGCUACCGUAUCCGGGCCAUCUUAUGCGCCCACCCCGUCAUUCACGGCAGGGAAUAUUCUAAUGCUGCCGUCUCAUACCGUGGUUUGGGAGAAAUUACAUCGACCUACUCGUCUCUCGGAAUAGGAUGCGGUCUGGAUGAAACAUCGAACAUCGUGCCCUGCCACUGCGGGUAUCAACAGCCCCUCAUGGCUCUUCUCAACGCCUCUUACAUUGUCAUCUUCCCUUUCCUCGUCUUCUUUACUGUUCCGCUAGCCAUCCUCGCUGGCGUCACCACCACCCUCGCCUUCGCCAUCCUCAUUUUCCGCGUUCUCCUCGUCUACGUCCAACUUUUUAUGUCUCUGCUGCCCUCGUGCCUCACCCAGGGCCAUCGCAGCAGGCACGCGUCAUAUUACGGCUACGGCCCCGCAUCGCUUUCCAAAUCGCCCUCUUCCUCCCUAGCUUCCUCGUCGUCGGGCGAGUUGGCCGCCCCUACCUUCACGCCGCCGCUGCUCACCAACGCCUCUCGAAGCUUGAGCUUGAACCGCAUCCCACAGCAGCAACGACGACCCCGCUCGCGCCGUCCGUCCUCGACUUCGGCCGCCGCGCGAGACGUCUCGGCUCCGCCGCUUGACAGCGAAGGAGGCAGCGGAAGCAUGGGGCUCAUCCCGAGCAUCGGCAUCGGUCGCGACUUUGAAGGCAUCGGUGGCUGGCGGUUCGGCCACGACGACGAUGCCGACGACGAGCGUUGGGCCACGAUCAACUCGCGCCUUGAGUUCUUCGAUCGGCUGCAUCACGGGGCCAGGCAUCAUCAACGCGGCCCUUCCGCCGAUGGCGGCCUCAUGAUGAAGGGGCGGCGUCGUACGCGCAGCAGGAGCCCUCAGGCUGUGAUUAAUAGCCACGGCGGCGUCAGCGGUGUGGCACACGUGUCGCCGAACAGUUCGAGGGUGAGGAUGCCUGGCGUCUCGGGUGCUCUACUACCCGUUGCCAGGGCACCGAGGGAAGAUGACGGCGAAUAUUUUCCUUUGGUAACUUCUAUUUAAUGGGUGGAGGAGUUGGCUUGCCUGGAAGCAUUGGUGGCUUAUUUCUGUGCUACUUGUCCUUUCGCAUGUUUCCCGACUAUUGAAUAAACGGCCACAAAGGAUGGAUCGAUCCAAAGGUUCUUAUUUAGUGUAUUGGAAGGAUGAGGAUGUCGUUGAUUCCGUUGAUUUCGUACUCUUCUAAACUCGAGAGAUUUUUCGUCGGUAGCCCUGUCCGCACGUAUGCCCAUGUGAUUAAACUUCCUUUUUUUCCUUCU